AUGAACGAGAGGGAUAUUCCAAGUGUCCCUAUAACAACUUUAGCAGGAGUAGCCAGCCUAACUGACUUACUACCAGUUCUUCCCCUUCCUACACCUUUACCAUCCACAUUAAGCAACAAGUCCCAGUUGUUUCAUCCAAGAGUUGCAGAAGAAGCUGCAAUAUUACUUGCAACAAGAGAUGACAACUUAGUGUCACUGUUACUGCAGUCCCUUAUGCAAACUUCAGUGCAGCAUAUAGACCUAAAAGAUGAAACAAUACCAAACGCUGUUAGUCCAGCACCACAACAGACAACCCCUGAAUUAUUAAAAGCAAUUCUCAGUGUAAAUCCUAAUGUGUUUGAGCAGCAACCAAGAAAUCAUUGGGGCAAUCACUUAAAUACAUCCAAAUUUAAUGGAAUGUCACCAUCACCAACAUUCAACUAUACAUCACAUGCAGCACACUCAAGUCCAUCAUCACAUGGAACAGCAAUUCAUUCAGCACCCAUUCCAAAUCAACAGUUACUGGCUCCGCCGAGUCAAUCAUCCCCUCAUGUAAACAUGGGUUCACCACCCUCGCAAGCCAGGCCAGGACAACAAGUAAAUAUCACUGCUCAAAAUAAUAUUUCCCCACCCUGGAACAAUAUUAAUAGAUCAAGUACAUACACAAGUCCUUUGACAAAUACAAGUAACCCACAAAACGGUGGAUUUUAUAAUAGUUUGAUGCAAGAGAAUAAAAAUUUUGGAACAAGUAUUAGUGAAGAUAAGGACCCACUCUCAAUCUCACCAGAACAACAACAAAUGGUGAUGCAAAAUAAGGUGUUUGAACAAGAUGGAAACGUGAUGACUGGGCAAUCUCCAGCUCAAGCAAGUGUAGCACCUUCCCCUCUCCGACAAGAACCUCAAGUGCCUCAACCAUCUAUGGGUGCACCAUAUGCGCCGCCUUCCUUACUCAAUUCCAUACAAGACAAGCAAGAUCAAACUAAAAGUUCUAAUUCAUUAAAUACUAGAUAUCCAGUAGUCAAGAUUGGCCGACUCUCUGAGGGGUUGUUGAAGAAACAUGACUUUUCAAGUGAAGAGAGAGUGCAAAAGAACAGUACUCUUGAUACUGACUCGGACGAUAAUGCUCCAUUAAAACCGAAAUCCAGCCUUAAACAAAAUUCAACACAACUAGUGGAUAAGGAGAGAGAGGCUAUAGACAAAGCACGGGAAAGGAAUUGGGAAGCGGUUAAGAGAAAACAUGAGGAAGCUAGUAAGAAGGAAGAAGCUGAAACUGCAAUUGUUCGUCCUAAACUACGAAAAGUUGAAAGAAGAUUAGUACCUGUAUUAGAAAUGUUAUCAGUAGAUGAACUUAUGGAAACAAAUACUUAUCAAAAGUUUAAUAAGCUUAUAGAAGCUGUAUUCGAAACUAUAGAUGAAGACGUGAUAAUCACAGAAGAGAUGGAGGGACCAGACAUUCCUCAAGAAUUGUUAUUACCUCGUUACCAGCUUCAGGAACUGUGUUCGGAAGCUGCUAAACUAAAAACACUUGGUGCUAUGGAGGCCAUUCCCUCAGAUAGAUUACUUCGAUUAUUGAAUAUAUUGGAAAAAAAUAUUAGAGCCGCUGAAAAAAUGUCACUUAUAGGAGAUCCUGAGGACAGUGAAGAAAUGCGUCAAAUAUGGUUAGAGUCUGCACUAGAAAGAGUGAUGUGUGCUUCAGAUGCUUGUCUUACGGCCCUGUACAUAAUGACUUCUCCGAGUAUGCCAAAACGCAUAUUCUUAGAAGAUGUUAUUGAUAGGAUUAUUAUGUUCAUAAAAUUUCAACUUAACAACACCAUUUAUUGCGUCUACGAUCCAGUUUAUAGUAUCCAGACUACGUCUAAAAAGAAAGUUGAUGGAAGAAAACGUCGAGGAGGCGGCGUGAGCCAGGCGAGUAAACGCAGCGGCGGAUCCAACCGCGCUGUUCGCGAACUAUACACUCACGCGCAUGAAUGCGUGACGCUGCUCGGUGAAUUGUUUGCUGCGCAUAACCUCACCGACACCACCGUAUUACAUGCCUCAACCGUCGCUGUUUCACCGUUCUUUGUGGAGAAUAUAAGCGAGUUGCAACUCUCGGCACUCAAGCUUGUUACAACUAUAUUCACAAAGUAUGAGCAACACCGAAGACUGCUAUUGGAAGAUAUCUUAGCGUCGAUAGCGCGCAUCCCAAGCUCGAAGCACAAUCUGCGCUCGUUCCAGCUAAGCUCGGACCAGCAUAUACAGAUGCUGACAGCGUUAGUUCUUCAGCUGGUACAGUGUGUCGUUACCUUACCAGAAACGCUCUGUAAGUCGCAAGACAAGGAUAAGGAAAUAGAAACUGAAUCAAAGAAGCAUGUUGAUAAGGACCUUUUAAUAAUAUCUAAGUACGAGGCAGCUAUAAGCGUAGGUGGAACAUUCCUGACGUCAUUUCUAAAUAAAUGUCGAAGUCGCUCGGAAGAAGUAGACUUCAGGCCCUUAUUUGAGAACUUCGUUCACGACUUACUCACGACUGUUAACAAACCAGAAUGGCCCGCUACAGAACUCUUGCUUAGCCUUCUCGGAACUAUGCUUCUAAAAUAUAUGUCGGACAAAUCUAUGGAAAUGCCUGUUCGCGUGGCGUCUUUAGAAUACUUAGGCCUCGUUGCGUCGCGACUGAGAAGGGACAGUGUUCAUUCACGGGCGAAGCUUUCCACCAUGGACGCAGUGGUUAGAGAUAUACGCGCAGAAGAGGAAAAGGAUGGAACGCCGGGCCACAUACCUUCGACUGGCUUAGAUGAAGAUGAAGAACGAACAGAAUUCUUACAAAGAGUACUUCUCGACUAUCUGGCCAUCAACGGGCAAAAGGACCAAGCGUGGAACUGUUCGAGACAUUUUUAUAUAACCCAGUGGUACAGAGAUAUGGUCGUACAACCGAAAACGUCGCCGACCAAGAAACCUAAACAUAAAUCUAAGAGGCGGUACAAGGAGGAGAGCAGCGAUGAAGACUCAGACGCAGAUGAUGAUUGUGAUAGUGGUGUCAAAGAAUCAAAAAAGCAAGUGUCGACCGCAAUCAUGUCGGCGGAGAAAUUUAAAACAAUAGAGCGACGAAAAACGUUUUUCUUAGAAAAAAUUAGACCCUUUCGCUAUCAGGGAGGUACGCAAGUGCAGGUUAUGCAGUCCUACAUAGACUACAGCGGAGCAGAACUCAUCUCCCAGUACUUAGCAUCGAAGAGGUCGUUCUCGCAAAGUUUCGACAAGUACCUGAGAAAAAUUUUAAUGAUCCUAUGCGAAAAUACGAUAGCUAUCCGGACGAAGGCUAUGAAGUGUUUGACUAUGAUCGUGGAGGCGGACCCGUCGGUUUUGGCGCGGCCUGACAUGCAGAUAGGCGUUAACAGGUCCUUUUUGGAUCAGUCCACUGCAGUGCGCGAAGCUGCCGUGGAUCUCGUCGGCAAAUUUGUGCUCAGUCGUCCCGAACUCAUUGACAAAUACUACGGGAUGCUUUCCAACAGAAUAUUGGACACUGGUGUCUCUGUCAGGAAAAGAGUGAUUAAAAUUCUCAAAGACAUCUGUAUAGAGUGCCCAGAGUUUCCGAAAAUUCCUGAGAUAUGUGUGAAAAUGAUUAGGAGGGUGAACGACGAAGAGGGUAUUCGGAAGCUGGUGAUGGAAGUGUUCCAGAACAUGUGGUUUACCCCUUGCCCGAAUACAGCGCGACCUGGCUCCCUAGAUAUGACCACGGCGACUGCAGACCCUCUGACGAGAAAAGUUCUAAAUAUCACUGACGUAGUUAUCUCCUCCAGAGAUAUGGGUUUAGAAUGGUUUCAACAAUUACUAACGAGUUUAUUUAAACCAAAAGAAGACAAAGAUGACUCAACAAAGAUCAUAUACCAACCACCGAAGUCUCUAUUGGUAGCGUGUCAGCAGAUUGUCGACUGUCUCAUAGAACAUUUACUGCAGUUGGAAGAGACAAACACAGAUGGUAACAUCUCUUCACAACGUAUUUUGGCGUGCCUGUCCACGCUUCAUUUAUUUGCAAAGAUACGACCACAAUUGCUCGUAAACCAUGCGUUGACGCUGCAGCCAUAUUUGAGCCUAAAAUGUCAGAACCAAUAUGAGCAGCAAAUCAUGUCCACGGUUGCUUCUACCCUCGAAUUGGUAGUGCCCUUAAUGGAGCACCCUAGCGAAGUGUUCCUGGCGCAGCUUGAGGAAGAUGCCGUUAAGCUGAUCCUGCAGCGUGGACAGCUGGUUAUAGCUUCCUGCAUUGCCUGUCUCGCGGCGAUUGUUAAUAACCUCACGCACAACUAUAAGCUCAUUAGAGAUGUUUUUAAUCAGUAUCACAGUAUUCUUCUGCAAUGGAAACAAGGUUGGCAGCGUAAUCCGGACGUAACGCGAUCACUGCACUCGCGGCCACAUUUUAGACGAGCUCUGUUCAUAGUUGGGCUUUUGCUCAGAUAUUUUGACUUCACGGAUAGCAAAGUUAUUGAUGGUUUACAAGACGACAUCAAAGAGCAAGUGUACAGUACAUUGAUGUACUUCGUCAGUUUGGAAGAUGAAGAUUUUGUGUCACACACAUUGAAAGCCCUGGGUUCAGUUUGCGUGAGGCAUUAUGAGUUUAUGCUGCAGCCGGAGCUAAAAGAAUUCUACCACCACCUUCUCACCUCUGAUCAUGCACCGAUCGAGAUGAAAGCUGAUGUUCUUAGAAAUAUCGAGAUGUACUUACAAGAGGAGGAACAGCGAAUGAUUAGGCAAGAUAAGGAAUGGUCAAAAAGAUCUAAGAUGGAGAAUUUAAAGGAAAUGGGUGACGUAUCAUCUGGUAUGGCAUCUACUGUAAUCCAGCUUUACUUAAAAGAGAUCUUGGGUUCCUUCAUGCACGUGAGUACAACGGUGCGGUCAAGUGCAAUGAAAGUAGUGCAGUUGGUACUCGCACAAGGUCUCGUGCACCCUGUACAGAUUGUUCCGUAUUUGAUAAGCAUGAGUACAGAUACGGAAAUAACAGUAUCACACACAGCAGAUAAAAACCUGCAGGAGAUUGAUAAGAAAUAUCCUGGAUUUAUUCAUAUGAAAGCACAACUUGGGAUCAGGCUGUCGUACCAAUUACAGAAGAUAUUACAGUCCAACAAGAGCAGUAAAAUCAUUAGGGGUUUUAGGAAAAAAGAACAAGAUGAGCUACCUUCAGCCCUGAACGGUUUUUUAUAUUCACUAUUGAGAAAUACUAGGCCACAAAGACGUGCUCUUGUGUUGUCGUUGCUCAAACAAUUCGACGACGUUUCGACUGCACCCUUGGAUCAAAUGUUAUUUCUGGCUGACAACUUAAGUUACUUUCCAUAUCAAGUUCAGGAUGAACCAUUAUUUAUAAUUCAUCAUAUCGAUAUUAUUAUCUCGACUUCGGGGUCUAAUCUUCUACAGCUUUUUCGCGAGGGUUUAAUGAAGAGGGAUGAAGAUGUAGAGAAGGAGCCAAUAGAUGAGGAGGAAGACGAAGAGGAAGCCGAGGCGCUAGUAUGCCGUAUGCCCGAGGAUGCGCGGCCUCUGCGUGACGCGAUGAGGCAAGCGCGUGGUUGUCUACUGCUCCUCGUGCUCAAGCAGCACCUAAAGCAGCUCUAUGGACUCACCGACGCUAAAAUUAACCAGUAUUCACCGUCGGAGAACGUCAAGGUAUACGAAAAGGCGGUAUCCAGGCGGCAUGCACCACAGUUCGAGCCCAAAGCGACGAUCGCCCAACUUAAGGAGGGCAAUGUCGACAACGACCUCGACGAACGUGCUCGACGACGACUCAUUGACGAUUACUUAGAGUUUAAGCAGCUGAUGUUGAAGUUUGACCCAGAGGAAGAGGAAGAUGAAGAAACAGCAGGUCCAGGGAAUACAGCAGGUGCAACCGGAGCGAGCUCAAGCGCAGGGACGAGCGCUGCUAGUGGAAGUAGGAGCGCGCCACCGCCCCCCGCGCCCCCUCCGCCCACAUAG